GAUAAGUAAUGGCUUUAGGGCCCUUAUCUGGUACAGCCACAUUUGCCCCUGUGUUGUUGUGCAGUGUGUGAGGGGUGAUUAUAGAGAGCUUCACUCCCACUUCCACACAGUGCAUGGAAAAAAAACCCAGACAUGGACGAGCCUGCACAAAAUGGCUCCUCACACACACUCACACUGACCACAGCCCGAACACGCCAGACAGGAUGAUGGAGAAACUGAAACGUGAGCGCGCGAGCCCGGGCGCUGAGGAUGAGCAGAAGGAGGAGUGCAGCUCACCGGGACGCGACACUGCUGGGGAGGAGGGCGAGGCGCACGGGAAACAGGAAGGCACGACCACCACCACGACGAGCACGACGUCCGAGUUUGCUGAGAGCGCGCGGAGAGGAACCCACCUUCUCCUCCUUAACGGCGUUGCCAAGGAAACGGCGCACGGCGGCACUGAGCCAAAACAGGAAGUGGCAGUGAUCGAGCUGGCCACGAGAGGCGAUAUAAAAGGCGCUGAGUUUGAGGCGGACGGCAGACACACGGUGCAGACCACCGAGUUGCGCAGACCUCCAGUUCCUCUGCCGCUGCCCCCGAGGGAGCCGCCUAACGAAGCCAAGCGAAUGGUGCAGCUGAGCCCUGCCGCCUUCCCUGCUCUGCCCGCCCGCGCCAUGCUCUACAGCAACAUGGCGCAACCGCUCGCCACUCUCAACAGUGGCUUCGCUGGGGACGCGGAGCAGUACGGCAUGUACCCCAGUAACCGCCUGAAACGCAGAGCUGCGCCCUACGAGAUUGAGAUCAGCGAUGGUUCACAGCCAAAGAUCGUGCGGCGCAUCUUCACAAACAGCCGUGAGCGGUGGAGGCAGCAGAAUGUGAACGGCGCCUUCGCUGAGCUGCGCAAGCUCAUCCCCACUCAUCCUCCUGAUAAGAAGCUGAGCAAGAACGAGAUCCUGCGCCUAGCUAUGAAGUACAUCAACUUCCUGGCCAAACUGUUAAAUGACCAGGAUGACAUGAUGGGUGGGGAGGCUGCAGCUCGGGUGCGAGACGGACGGGACGGGGGUCUGGUGAGGGAAGACCUCCUGCAGGACAUGCUGAGUCCAAACUCCAGCUGUGGGAGCCUCCUGGAUGGAGAAGGUAGCCCAGACAGCUUCACUGAGGAGCAGGACUCAUCGGUGGAGUCCCGAGCGUCUGGGAGAGGACUGCACCACUCGGCCAUGACUGUGGACACCAGUAACCAGCGAUGACUGAGCGCAAACAGAGAAAGAGACUCGAGCAAAUCAGUGUGGAGUGGAUACAGAGCUUCAUGGAAGCUGAUGGGCCUGUGAUGAUGUUCACGUUGUGUGCAGUCAUGACUGUCUUUUCCCCCUUUCUUUAUGUCUUGUGCACCUCUCCAUUUUGGACGCUGCCCCCUAUGGGUAAACGCUGGUACGGGGGAAUGGUAAUGGUAGAUUUUGGUCCAUGAGAUAAGAGGGCAUGGAUUUGAAACACAAGCCAGAUUUUUAGAACGGUACCCUUUCUAGAAUUCAGCUCCAUCAUUUGGUCAGGUACACUUGAUAUCACUUUUGAGUGAUUUUUAAAAUGCUGUGUGUGGAAAAUCCCAUUGAAUAUCCCAGGGAUUUCUUUCUUAAUCCUCCAUCAGUAUUGGAAAUUUUGGACAGUACUAUUAAUGGUGUUGGAGGUUGAUAAGACACUUUUUUUUUGUAGAGAACAUGGUUAUAUUAUAUUCAUGUUAAUAACUGUACCCACAAUAGCAGCUAAAUUUUUGCAGAACAAAAGCUGCCAUUUUGGAAAUGGCAUUUAAGUAUGACCUUAUUUGAUAAAACCUACACAAUCAUUCGUGUACACACACACACACACACACACACACACACACACACACACACACACACACACACACACAAAACCACAUGGACGUAAAAAGGUUAUGAUGGUCAGAGGUACAAGUGUGAUGCUCCAAGUGUACAUAAAUAAACAAAAUAAUGUUGUACAUGUGUAUCUAAAACCAAACCCCACACAUCCGUAAUGUUCAUCUUCAUUGUGAUUAUGGUACAAUGAAUAUCACCUCCUUUUCUUUUCUUGUCCUUCAUAAAUCCUAAAUCAUUCUUAAAGAAUCCAGUAAGUGUGUUAUCACUGUAUUUAAAUUUUAUCCAAUUGAUCUGCUUUUUCAGCAGACUAUUGAGUAACCAGUCUUGGUACCUUUAAUUCUUUUUUUUAAUUUUUUUUUAUUUUAUUUUUUUGUGUAUUAAAAAACAACAAAGCUGUUAUUUUAAUGUGAUAUUUAGUAGACAGACCUUUGUUGUAAGGUGAAGAUGAAAUCUAUCUAUAAACAUGCAAUGUUAUAUCUUACAGAAUUUUAUAGAACAUGAAAUAAAAAGGAUCAAACAGG